AUGGAAAAACCCCCUACUUUGGAUGCGUACGACGGGACCACAGAUCCCGACGAUCACAUCAGGAACCUGGAGGCCGUCAUGGAGUAUCACGUCGUCCACGGCUCCAUCAAAUGUCGGAUCUUCCCGACCACGCUCCGGAAGGGAGCAAUGACCUGGUACAGGAAUCUCUCUCCUAACUCCAUCAAGUCUUGGGCCGAGCUCAAGGAACUCUUCCUGAGCCACUUUACUGCUUCCCGCCGUCAACCGAAAUCAGAGGCAAACCUCGAAGCUGUGGUCCAAGGGACCAACGAGCCUCUCCGAGACUACCUCGACAGGUUCAACAAGGAGGCCGUUCAAGUAGAGACGACCGAUUACAUGAAAAGGUAUCUCCUCGAGCGAGGGCUCCUCCCCGGCAGCGAAUUCAGGAAAGUGAUAAAGAUAAAAAAAAUGCGAUCUAUGAACGCCAUCUUGAAAAGGGCGCAGGCUUUCAUCUCCUUCGAGGAAGGCGAAGCGGCCGCAGUCAAAACAUCAAGGGGAAAUGGUGUUGCUCGGAGCUCGAGCCAAGACCCGUCUGUCGCACCCCGAGCAAACGAGAGAAAGAGGGACGACAGGUCCCGCGACGCGAAGGAACGCAGAGGGCCAGCAGGACGCUUCAAUGACUAUACCCCCCUGAAAGUUUCACGGGAGAAGAUCCUGGCCGAGUGCAUAAACACCGAGUUCAGAAACUCCAACAUCAGGCCCCCGAAGCCGAAUCCCUAUCGGCCGGGGACCGACAAGUCCAAAUACUGCAAGUAUCACAAGAGCCACGGGCACCUGACGGACGAGUGCAUACACCUGAAGGACGCCAUCGAGACACUGAUUAAAGAGGGUCACCUUUCUAAGUACACAAGGAAAGGAGACCCUCCCAGAAGGAAUGACCGUCGGAGCUCCGACGAGGGCAACUCGCCGAACGCCAGGCCGCUGCAGGUGGCGUUAUCCGUCACCCGACCAGAAGACUUCAUACCCUCGGUCGGAGUGACAUCUGCCCUCAGCGUCUAG